CUGAUUUCUGCACAAAUAUGACAUUCAGACUUUCUAUAUCAAGCCACAAAUAUGUUUAAAAUCCAAUCAUUAAUUAAACAUAAAAAUUUUACAGACAUGAGUUAUUCUCAAGAAGAAGUAGAGAGAAAGCGUUUAUUAGCACUACAACGUAAAAAGGAAGCACAGGCGAAAAAGAAUUUAUCUAGCUUUGGAAAUAUAGGUGCCAAUUUGUCAUCUACUAGCAAUGUUUCUUGCAGUAGUAGUAAGGUUUUUUCUAGCACUAGCAGUAUGAAAAUAAAUGAAAAUAGGCCACCCGAAGUCAAUAAAUCAUUUAAUCAGAAUUCAUCAAACAAUUUUUUCAACCAAAGAGUCGUAUUAAAGGAAAUUGUUACAUGAUAAGUGAUGAAAGAUUUAAAUUGGAAACUUCAGCUUACUUUCAACCACUUAUUGAUGCAUUGAAAACAAUUCCAAGUAGAA